UCUCUGUUGUUGGAAGCGGGUGAACGCUAACUGGCAGGUAGCGGGGUGAAAGUCCAGCACACAGUCUGAGCGCAGCAUGGCUCCGCUGAAGUUCUGUGCGAACAUCUCCUGGCUGUUCACGGAGCUGCCAGACUUAAGCCAGAGAAUAUACGCCGCUGCCUCGGCUGGUUUCCAGGCUGUGGAGGCAGCCUGGCUCUACGACACCGACCUGCAGGAGCUUCAGAGGGCCAGAGAGGCGACAGGAGUGGAGGUGGUCCUCAUCAACACUCCGCCCGGAGAUGUAAACGCAGGUGAGCUUGGUCUUGGAGCAGUUCCUGGAAGAGAGGCAGAGUUCAGACAGGGUCUGGAUCAGGCUUUGAAGUAUGCAAAAGCCUUGAACUGCAGAAGGAUCCACCUGAUGGCAGGGAGGGUUCCUGUGGGCACAAACAGGAUGGCAGUUGCCAAGGAGAUGGAGGCCAUCUUCAUACACAACCUAAACUAUGCUGCUGAUAUCCUCUCAAAGGAAGGAAUCACUGGCUUGAUUGAACCAAUCAACACAAGGAUUACAGAUCCCAGGUAUUUUCUGGACUCUCCUCAUCAGGCGGCUGGAAUCCUGGAGAAGCUCGGGAAGCCAAACAUCAAACUGCAAAUGGACAUCUUUCACUGGCAAAUAAUGGAUGGAAACCUGACAAAAAACAUACACAAGUAUUUUCACAUAAUUGGUCAUGUUCAGAUUGCUCAGGUUCCAGGCAGGAAUGAGCCUGACAGUGCCGGAGAGCUGAACUACAACUUCCUGUUCAACACACUGGAAAACCAUGACUACCAGGGAUACAUUGGAUGUGAAUACAAGCCACUAGGAAACACAACUGAUGGUCUGGGUUGGAUCAAAGAUUACUGGACACACAACAAGUGAUGAGCACGGGUGACUCAACCACCUGUGAACCUGUUUCAUUAAUGGGAAAAAGUCAGUGAGACCUUUAAAUGACCUGGGUUUCUGCAUUAACUGAGACCUGAUCCUCAUCUAAAUCAUAAUUACAGACAAACACAAUGUGCUUCAGCUGCUAACAGUUAGAAUUGGUCAUGUAUUUACUGAACACACUCAUUCAACAUGAACAGUCGUGGUGGGAAAACUAAGUGAACCCUUGGAGUCCAGCUCUUGCAGUAUCUGCUGAUCAGAGCUGCACAAUGUUCAGGAGGAAGUUUGGGCCAUUCUUCCUACAGAGCUGAUCAUAUUCUCAGGAUGUUUGGGGUAAACGUUUCUCUGAGCUCAGUCCACAGCAGCUCUGGUGGGUUCAGGUCUGCACUGUGACUGGACCAACAACAAAAGGUGGAUUUUCUUUGUCUGAAGUCGUUGUGUAGUAGAUUUACUUUGAUGUUUAGGCUCAUUGUCCUGCUGAUCUUCAGCUGGACACACAGCCUGACAUCAUCCUGGAAGAUACACUGAGAACGUUGAGAAUUCAUUGCUCCGUGUUCCAUUUGUCUUUGGAGUCGUCUUAGCUGGGCGUCCUCUUCUAAGGAGAGUGACAGCAGAACUAAAUAAUCUCCAUCUAUAGACAGUUUGUCUGACUGUGGACUGAUGAAUAUCUGAACUCUGAGGUGACUCUGUAACACUUUCAGUAUUAUACUAAUCAGCUAUUCUUGAUACCAAGUCUUCUGGAGUCUUUUGUGUGAAGCAUGGUUCACAUCAGCAGAUGCUUCUGUCAAUAGUAAACUCAAAAAUAAGUCAGAGUAGAUCUGACCUACACCUCUGAUCUGGAUUCACUGACUGGACUCCAGAUUUGUUAACUCCUGACUCCAGUUAGCUUUUGUUAAUGUCAUUAGCCAAGGGGUUCACAUACUUUCUCCAACCUACACUGAGUGUUUGAAUAAUGUUUUCAGUAUGGACAUGAACAUUACAAUGAUUUGUGUGUUAUUAGUGAAAAUAGAUUGGGGUUGUUCACAUUAUCAUCAUUAAAAUAAGGUAAUAAAAGGAUGAGAUUCAUAUAUACACCUCUGGUCAAAGGUUGAACAGCAGUGGAAAUAAAUGAAGCCUUGAAGGUUGAUGCUAAUAAUUCCUACAGGUGCUACAACUUUUGUUGAAUACUUACAAACCCUCUGUCUGUACAAAGGCAGUGUUGGAACCCUCUGAUGCAAUAUUAGGACAACACUGUGUUGUUGGAAUGGUGACAGACAAAGUUUGUCCCACAGCAAGAUAAUGAACCAAAACAUUAGAAGAAGAGAACCAGAUGGAGGUUUCACAUGAUGGAGGAGCAGCACAGUCUCCAGACUUCAACCCCACACAGCUGAUUUGGGCUGAAGUGGACAGAAGCGGAGAGCAAAGCAACAAGUGCAACGCAUGUAUGUGAACUUCUGCAACAGUGUUGGGACAAACUGUCCACACAAUGUUUCAUUUUCAUUGUAGAAUUUGUUCAACUGCUCAAUGACUCAAAGGUUUAGAUCAAAUUUAAUUCAAAAAGAUUCAGUGAUUCCUGGUUUUAUUUUAUUUUUUUUAAUUGUUUAUUUUUUUUCUAUAAACACUGAGACGCUGAAUCAUGGAAAUUUAAAUAUGAAAUAGAACAUUUAAAUAAUAUGUGAUGGGGGGACUGUUAAGCUGCUAGCAUUCUCUCCAUUUUAUUCUGGUGCCAGCAGCUGCAAAUGAAAAGUGUGCACAUCCUGUUUAUGUUCAUUGUUCACUGACAGUUUACAGUCUCUAAUAUUUGUGGGUCAACAAAUCUGGUCCUCUCAGCUUUCUUUUGCCAUCAGGUCAAGUUCAGUCAUACAAAGCAGGCAGACAAGUCUACAGCUCUGCAGUGGUCUGCAGCUCAUUGCACAUGGUCGUCAGUGUUUGGCCCUGCCUGGCCAGUAGACUUUACUUUGGAAUUAAUGUACGGUAACAUAAUUAGCAGAUGCAGAUACAGAUGAUGGAUGUAUGCAAAAAUGAUUCAUCACAUUCUCAUUCAUCUUACUGGUUUAUUUUGCGUUUCACAUACUGUAUAAAGUGUUCUGUAUAUACAUAAUAUACAUUAUACAGUUCGAGACAGUGCAGUGUUUAUAUUACAGUGUCAAAAUGUUAAAGACUCACUUGUUACACUUCA